AUGUCAAACAAUAUGAAUAGAACUCCAGAGCCGCAUAAGAGGUCACCGAGCAAACAUGUGAUCGUCCCACUCAGGCAGGAAACGACGGCUCCGCUCACCCCGCCAACUACGAUUACAAAAACGCAAGAGCGUAAUGUUAAGCAAGAAUGGAUAGAGCCAAAAAAGCUACUGCCAGAAUUGAAAAAGACCUCAUCUGCAAAAAGAAAACCGCCAUUAAGAUAUCGGCCGCCUAAGAAUUCUGUUUUCGAUGCCCGAGGUUAUUUAGAUGGCGUCCACGCCAAAACUACCGAUACAAAGAACGCUGGUUUUCUCAAAUAUGCAUUACAGAACAGUAGACGAAUCAUUAUCAUUUCGGGAGCUGGAAUAUCUGUUGCAGCAGGAAUCCCAGAUUUUCGUUCUGGUAAUGGGUUGUUCUCCACGUUGCGACAGGACGGCGUUUCCUCAGGCAAAGAAUUAUUUGAUAUCAACCAUGUUUAUUCGAAUGAUGAAAUGAGCCUCAAGUUCAACCGCAUGAUUGUAGAUUUAUUUGAGAGAAGUCGAGACAACCAACCUACGCAGUUUCAUAGAAUGAUGAACUGGUUUGCUGAGGAAGGGCGGCUGCGUAGACUAUAUACGCAGAAUAUCGACUGUUUGGAAAACAAGUUGACGCAUCUCAAGACCACAAUCCCGUUAAAAAGUCCGUUUCCCACCACUAUUCAGCUACAUGGUAGUAUCAACCACAUGAGCUGCAUGAAAUGCUCAAAAAUCUACCAGCUGGAUCCUGUAGUUUUUAAAUGCCAUGAAGAACAAAAAAACACACAAAUAGUUCCAUUAUGCGCCCAAUGUGAGGAAUUUGACGCAGUGCGGGCCGUUGCUGGAAUGAGGUCACAGGGAAUAGGGAAGCUUAAACCCCGAAUUGUAUUGUAUAACGAAAUCCAUCCCGAAGGUGAAAGUAUAGCUGAUAUUAUUUCAAAAGAUUUGAAGGGCAGGCCGGAUUGUCUGAUCAUUGUUGGCACCAGCUUGAAAAUACCAGGGGUCAGGACAAUGAGCAAAAAGUUUGCUCGUCAGAUUCAUAACUCCAAAGGAAUUGUAUUAUGGUUUAAUAGAGAACUCCCGUCUCAUAGCAUCAGAGAUUUCGUUGAAUUUAUUGAUCUUAUAGUCGUCGGAGACUGCCAGGAUAUACCCCUAAUUCUUGAAAGCGAGAAGAUAUUUGAGGGCAUCUAA